UCGACUUUUAGGGAUCUGCAUGCUCCCCGCAUCCCCGCAGCCCUCGUUAAGAACAAUAUUAUGCAAUACAGGUAGACUAUAUCUAUCUACAGAGAAUGAACUUUGAAGUAUGAAGUACCAAGAUACUUACUUCUAUUACUACCCCUUUUCCUAGAAGCUUAAUCACCAUUGACUGUAAAAUUAUAUCAAAAUAAAAGUGUUUUGAAGUAUCGUUAUGCGGGUUGAGGAAACAUGUAAGCAGACUUCCUGCAAUACUACCGAUCAGGUAUGAAAAGUUUCUCCAUAUCAAACAUUGUCUUGCGUUUGAAAUAGUUAUAUGCGGGUUAUUUCAUGAUUAUUCCCGGUUGGAAGUCACCUAUUACAUCCGAAUUCAAACUAGAUUAGAUACUUAGGGACGUACCUUUAUAAAAACCGCAUCUUCCAAGAUGAGCCCAGUCCCGAUAACUAUCACGGGAUCCCUAUGUGAGCUUUGCCACCAAUUUAUUGGCGACCUCUUCUCCUUUGACUUUACUAGACAGACCGUUUAUCCGGCACGAUGGGUUCCAACAGGCUCAGACUCAGACUGGACGGGAAAGGCUUGGGGAGACACUUUCCAUCACCACGACACGCUCGAAGACCUGUCAAAUAGCGCCAAGACGUGCCGCCUCUGUGAAGUUCUCUACGCAGACCUCGCACCAUUAGAAACCGCUCUGCGUCAAGGCUGGUUAGGUCUAUACCCAUUUUGGACCUCAGCCCGCAUAGGAGAGAACAAGCACAAGGGCCACUUUCGCGCCGGCUUCCGGGAUUCUCUACAAGGUAUGCCUUGGGGAAGCAAUAGGAUCGGGAGCAUCCCGUUACACACCUUUAGAGUCUGCCGACGAGAGCCCUUGGGGAAGGGAGAACAGGUGCCCAUCUUAGACGACUAUAGGGCUGUCCCAGUGGUGCCAGCAAGUGUAACUCCCUCGCAUAUUUCUCAAGUCGCGGCUAGAUGGCGGCAAGAGUGCAGCGACACUCACAGAAAUUGUGUCAAGUCCGACUCGGACAACGCACUUCCGACGAGAGUCGUCGACAUAAGCGAUAUUGAAACAGGUCGGAUACGUAUCUAUGAAUCAAACGGCGAGAAGAUGCCUUACGUUGGACUCAGCCACUGCUGGGGCGGUAUAAUCCCGUCCGUCACCACGGAGGCCAACUUGAAGGCAAGGACUACUAGCGGGAUGGACAUCGACGAACUGCCACAAAACUUCAGGGACGCCAUCCAGGUCACGAGAGCGCUCGGGUUGAAGUACCUUUGGAUAGACGCACUCUGCAUCAUCCAAGACUCCAAGUCGGACUGGGACCGAGAAGCCAAGAGGAUGUACUCCGUGUACGCCGGCGCCACGGUCACGAUAUCCGUGCUCGACUCCGCGGGGAGCACCGAAGGCUUCCUCAAGCCGACCAGGGCACCCCUGGCGGUGAUUAGCGCCGAGUACGCCGUCCAGAAGGUGUACCCCGACAUCAACGAGUACCUCUCACAGAGCCCCCUGAACGGCCGCGGCUGGUGCAUGCAGGAAAGGCUCCUGGCGAAGCGCGUGCUGCAUUUCGGGAAGGAACAGAUGUUCUGGGAGUGUCUCUCGGACUUCAGGUGCGAGGACGGGAAGAGCAUUUCGGGCGAGUCUGACGGCCACUUCGUUGCGCUAUUCAUGAGGAUCCGAAAGCAGAUUGGCAUCGCCGCUGCACGGGGCGUCGAGCUGGAUUGGGGGCCCUGGUACCAGCUUCUGGAAGAGUAUACCACGCGGAAGUUUACUAUGUUUACUGAUAAGCUGCCUGCUGUGGAUGGGGCUGCGACUUUGUUCAAGUCCACCAGGCGAACUGCGACGUACAUCGCCGGCCUGUGGCGGGAAGAUAUCGCGCGGGGUCUGCUGUGGUGUGCGCAUUAUUACCACGCGCCGGGCCGAAGAGUUUGGGGCAUAUCAAGUACCGACCAGAUCUCCGAACUGUCUAAACCGCCUAGAAAGCGCGCACCGAGUUGGAGUUGGGCUUCACUCGACGGUGCGCUUGACUUCUGGGCGCUCCGAAUUAACGGGUUCGUGAUCGAAGUCUUGGAUGUCACAAUGAACGCCGAGAAAGAAGCUACGCAUGGCUACCCGGACGGAACUGUAACACUCAAAGGUCGUAUAGCACCAAUGUUCUACCAUCCUCCCGAGGAUAACAAAUACGACGUCGGCGCCUUGACAUUUGAACAAACCGAGACGCCGGAUUCCCAUUCCGGGUCAUUAACUACCUGUGUUAUGGAUUUAGAUCGUCGAACUCCGCGAGGGUGCUGGGCGCUGGUAAUGACGGAGUCCUCCUUCAAAAAGUAUUUUCUCGUCCUCCAUAAGCGUGACGAUGGAUCCUACAAAAGAAUCGGAAUGGGCAAUGCCGAUUGGUCAGAGGUUGAUCUGGCUAGGUUCCAAAUGGAAGAAAUCCAGAUCUCUUAGAAGAUUAUCACAAUGGAAUACGAAACGAAUAACCACCCACUUCAGAAAGAACAGCUCGGCACAAAUAACUAUAAGAUUGAUCAUGCACGAAAAGGCCGAUAGCUUUGAACAUUAUAGU